AUGACAACAGUCUUGCAAAAAGGAAAGCAUAAUAAGAAAGAGCGCUCACAAUCCCAAAACUUAUCAUUAUCAUCAUUAUCUUCCAGUGGUUUCAGCAGCAUGGAUUUGGUGAAAAAUUUUGAACGAGUCGAAAAUUGGCGCAAAAAUUCAUUGAGAUUUUUGGAUGAUAAUAAAGAAGAUGAAAUUCUAAAGGAUGAAAAAAUGGACGAUAUUGCUUCCUCAGAACAUAAAUUGCAUAAAUCCAUGGAAGAAGAACGGUCAUUCGAAAAACCAGUGCCAAAAAUAUAUAACCAUUAUGCUCAACGAAAACCAUUAAUAUCAGAUUUGUUUAUAAAUAGAAGCAACAGUGGUGUGGAAGAUUUCUUGAACAAUGAUAUAUAUCGUAACGAUUACCGUAUCAGAAUAUCUGACAAUGAUGACUGCAUGAAUCAAACAUCUGAGAAAUAUUGUCGAUUUGCCAAUAGCAAAUUACGAGCACAAGAGGAUUGCGCAAAAUUGGUUGAGCAGACUAUCGCGCCAUGUGGAAAUGUAAAAAUUGCUCCGUAUUCUUGUCAAACAGAAUCUCAAUUGUGGAAAGAAAUCUAUAAACCAAAAGAAUCGAAAACAGUCUCCAAAAAUAUGCCGCAUGUAAAUUCUGUGUCAGUAGAAGCGGAACAUACUUCUUCAGAGCGGAAUCAAAAAUAUCCUAAUAAAUCAACAUCCAACCAAAAGACUGCAUUAUCGACUAUCAAACAUUCAGGAUUGAUUACAAAUGAAGGAUAUGUGAAUCAUCGAUAUUUUAGAUAUCCGGAAAAUAACUCAAGUGAAAUAAUUGCGAAUAAUAUGAAUAGUUCAUGUGAUGCCAAAAAGCAUUCAAUCAGGCAAUGUCCUGAUAUGAUGGAAAGUGCUACAACUAGCAAUCGUAGAAAUGGAAGUGAAAACCAACUCUUCACCAAAUUACCGAAAAUGAAUUGUACACGUAAAGAGAUCAAAACGAGCAUCAAUUUGAUGUCAUUGGAUCGUUCUGAUCAUAAAAAUACAACAAAUACUAGUGAUAUUUUAAAUAUGAAUCAUCAGAUAUAUUCUUCGGGAAAAGCUCGAGACUCCCAUAAUGAAACUUACAACGUUCCUGAACAUACUUAUGUUCCCGAAUCCAAUAGUCGGAAGAAGGAUCAUUUGAAAAAUAUGUUUAUUUUUCCAGGAAAGUUGCUGAGAAAUGUAGCAGGUGAUUUAAGAUCAGAACGGAGUUCAUGUAAACCCAUAAUGGGAGGAUACUCAAAGAAGCCUGAUUCGAAAAUUGAACAAGCCAAAUCACAAACACAACUUCGAAUGGAGCCUAUUGUACAUUUGGUACCGAUUGUCAGGAAGAAAGAACAGGAAACGAUGAGUUCCCCAAAGAAGAAAACAAUAUUGAGGAAAUUUGUCGUGGAAGAACCGAGGCACACACCAAAUAUUUUCAUGAAUCCGGUCUACGUUAACACAAAAACAGGAAUGACUACAUCUAAUGGAUGCAGUCAACAACCUGAAAUCAAGGUACCACAGUGGGAAAUUCCUACUUUGUACAGUUCAUCUCGAAAUAACAGAAGAAAUGCCUCAUACGAACAUUUCAACUUUGUUCCAUCUUCUCUACUUUAUCCAGGUCAAUCAAGGAAAACAUUGAGGAGAUUCAUUUAG